AUGCUAUAUCAUGAGCCUGAACUCCUGAAGAGCGAUAUGCCUCUCAAUGGAACUAUUGCUUUUUGGAACGCGAGAAAGAUUUCAUCAACCAACAUUGCCGUUCUGGAAGCAAUGAAAUGGAGACUAUCCCCAAAGUCAAAGAGAUCCAAGACUGAGCCAUUCUGUGUAAUGGAUCUUGGAUAUGUUCACGACCAAUAUGAGCAUUGGGAAAAGACUCUUCCAGGCGUGACGCCGUUUUAUGAGCUAGUUUUGGCCCAGGGAAUCCCGGCCGCGAGGAUACUUUUCGCCAAUCCGUGCAAAAGCCCAUCAGACAUCACUUUUGCCAGAAAUACUGGCGUGAAUCGAAUGACAUUUGAUAAUGAGGCUGAGCUUCACAAGAUCAAGCAGCUGUUCCCAGAGAGCCAGCUGAUUUUGCGGUGUUUCGCUUCCGACCCAUCGGCCACAUACUCCCUCUCUGCUAAAUUUGGAGCUCAUCCAGAGACAUCCGUGAGGCUCUUGGAGUGUGCAAAAUCCUUGAGAUUGAAUGUUAUUGGCGUGAGCUUCCACAUUGGCUCUGGCGCAAGGGACCCAAAUGCGUUCGAAAUCGCCAUAGAAAGUAGUCGACGGAUCUUCGACGCAGGUAUCCGGAUCGGCCACAGCAUGCGCCUGUUGGAUAUUGGCGGGGGCUUUUCAGAGAGCACAUUUGAGGAUAUGGCUGCGUCGAUUCAACGAUCUCUGGACUUUCACUUCCGUGAUAUUAAUGUAGAGCUCGUCGCCGAGCCGGGGCGGUACUUUGCAGCAGGUGCCAUGACAAUUGCCUGUGAGAUCAUCGCCCGUCGGGAUGCAAAAGAAGCGCCUCCAUCCGCGGAGGAGGCGAGCAACAUGCUGUAUCUGAACGAUGGCGUGUAUGGAACUUUUUCUUCUAGUCUGUUUGAGCCAAGCCCGCAUCCUCGGGUCCUUCGCGCCUCAGGGGUUUUCUACCCACAACCGGCUGCGGGCGACCAGGUCAAGAAUAUCCUCUGGGGGCCGACUUGCGAUGGAGUCGACUGCAUUGCAAAGGACGUGGAGCUUCCAGAACGCUUGACUUUUGGUGACUGGCUCUAUUUUCCAGAUAUGGGUGUUAGUUAUCCAUGCUUCCUGGCCUUUACUGAUCUGAUGCCAGCCUAUUCAACAUGCCUCGCAACUGGUUUCAACGGGUUUGCGAGCGACAGAGAAAUCAUAUAUAUUUCUAGCAACCCGUUAACCAUUGGCUUUCUGACAAAGGCCAACAAAAUAAUGUACAAGGAGCAAACUCAGUGA